AUGAGUCACCAUCGACUGCACACUCCCGCUAGGUCCCUUCUACGAUUGUCCCUACCGCGUCGCAACUACCGCAUCAGCCGAUCCUACCUUUCGGCCAUGGAUUCUACAAACCCGCAGCAGAAGCGGCCAAAGAAGCUAAUCUUCGCCCCCGGUGAUAUCGAAGCAGCCUCCGAGUCCCAAACCCCGAAACAAUCCGAGCCCGUCACCACUGCGUCAGCCCUCCCAGCCCGACUUCUCGCAGAAGCUCUCCGAGCGGAUACAAUGACCCCUCAUACAGCCCUGGAUAACAAAGUCGUCUCCAAUCCUGCGCGUGCGCACCAGUUCGUGCGCAAUCCCCCACUCACAGUCUCCCAAUUGCACCCGACGAACCCUCUAUACCAGUUCCAUGCUUGGUUUCGUGACCCUCGAUUAGAGCUCUCGUCGGCGCCGGAGACGUGCACGCUUGCCACGGCGUCUCUCCCAUCGGGCCGUGUGAGUGCUCGUGUUGUAUAUCUUAAGGAGUUGGAUGAGAGAGGUUGGGCGGUGUAUAGCAACUGGGGGAGUCGGGAGGGGAAAGGUGGGCAGGUUUUCGGGUCUGGUGGGAGCGAUAAUGCCGACAGCAGUGUUCCCGAAGCGAUGCCUGUUUUAUCGGGUGUGGAUGAGCCGCUGGUUCAAGAUUUGGGGCUACAGCAGCAAGGGAACAAAUGGGCUGCACUGACAUUCUGCUGGCCAGUGUUGGAGCGCCAAGUCCGCAUUGAAGGGAUGGUUGAGCCAUUGAGCCGCGAGGAAAGCGAGAUGUAUUGGCGGACGAGGGAACGCGGGAGCCAGAUCGGGGCCUGGGCUAGCUGGCAGAGCAAGGUACUUUGGUCUGCUGAGCCUGAUAGUCUUGUGAGCCGGCGACGAAAGAGUUUUGGACCCGGGGAGGAUUCGAUCGUUUAUCCUGAGAUCCCCCACGACAUUAAUGAGACGGAUAUUGACGAUGGACGUGACCUAUUGGAGAAAAGGGUGCAAGAGAUGGAGGCGCGGUUUUCCGAUACAAAGGAAAUCCCUCUACCUCCAUUUUGGGGAGGCGUGCGUUUGAUUCCGGAGUCAGUGGAGUUUUGGCAGGGUCGUCGCAGUCGACUACAUGAUCGAUUCCGCUACGUGCGGAUACAUGGCACGGACGAGUCGUCGUAUGAAUGGCGGAUUGAGCGUCUUUCACCAUGA